GAUAAGAAAAUGACUAGCUGUUGGUCUCUCUUGGCUUUUGGUAUUGUGAUCAUGGUGUUGAUGAUCAGUCCAUAUCCUGCAAAUGGCCUCACAUGCGAUGAGACCGCAGGCAUUUUGAAUCCCUGUCAAGAUUUUUCGGUUGGAAAUGGCCCUCCAACUCCUAGCGCUUCUUGCUGUGGAGCUGUGAAAGAAUUGGUUUCUAAAGUUAGAUCCAGACAAGUACGUAGAGAUCUGUGUGAAUGUAUGAAGCAGAUUAUUCUUGCCUUUCAUAUUGACGUCGGAAAACUUCAAUACAUCAUUCCUCAGUAUUGCAAGGUCACAAUUCCUGUACCUCUUGAUCCCAACGCAGACUGCAGCAAGGCUUCUCUGUUUUAAAGGUCAAAAUGAAAAGAGGAGAACUUGGCUACAACGUAUCGAUAUUUUAGGAUGCAGAAAGGAGUGUUUGGUUCCAUAGUUUGUACUCCGUCCAAAUUAU